AUUACCUGACCAGUCGCCCAGCCAGUCUCCCCGCGGCCCUGGACAAGUGACCAGAGUGAUUUCUCUGCUUUCCGCAGGGCAGCGCGCAGCCUUGGCUCGGGGGACGCGGCUUCUGCCCGCCCGAGGCAUGGCCCACGGGCAGAACUAACUGCGCCCAGGUCUUCCGUGUGGGGAUGACGCCGGGCUGGGUCCGAGGAGGCAAGAUGAUGUGGCUCGGGGUCCUGCUGGCGUUUCUGCUCUGUUCCAGCCUCGAAGGACAGGAGAACUCGCUCACCAUCAACAGCGUCCACAUGGUGAUCCUGCCGGAGCUGGUCGUGAGCAACGGGGAGAACCUGACCCUGCAGUGCAUCGUGGACAUCAGCACCAACCUGCGGGUGCAGCCCCAGCACCGGAUGCUCUUCUACAAGGACGACGUGCUGUUUCACAACGUCACCACCACCGAGAGCACCGAGAGCUUUCCCAUCCCCCACGCCCGGGUCUACAACGCCGGCAUGUACAAAUGUAGGGUGAUCCUCGACAACAAGAAGGAGAGGGCCACGUCCGAGUACCAGGUGUGGGUGAAAGGAGUGCCCCAGCCCAGAGUGACACUGGACAAAAAAGAGGCCAUCGAAGGUGGGGUCGUGCUGGUCAACUGCUCCGUCCCAGAGGAGAGACCCCCAAUUCAUUUCACAAUCGAAAAGUUUGAACUCAAUGUGAAAGAUGGCAAGCAAAAACGGGAAAAGACAUCUCACUACCAGAAUUUCGUGACCCUGGAAUUCCCAGUAGAGGAACAGGACAAGGUUAUAUACUUCCAGUGUCAAGCCAGUAUUGUUUCUGGGAUCCACGUGGAGACCUCAGAAGCCAGCAAAAGUGAUCUGGUCACCGUGACGGAAUCCUUCUCCACUCCCAAGUUCCACAUCAGCCCCGAGGGGCAGAUCACAGAAGGAGACCAGCUCCUCAUCAAGUGCACCAUCCAGGUGACGCACCUGACCCAGGCCUACCCGGAGAUCAUCAUCCAGAAGGACAAGCAGAUCGUGGCCAACAACCAACACAGCAGCGAGGCCGUGUACUCGGUGAUGGCCUUGGUGGAGCACCACGGCAACUACACGUGCAAGGUGGAGGCCAGCCGCAUCUCCAAAACCAGCAGCAUCAUGGUCAACGUCACAGAGCUAUUCGCUAAGCCCCAGCUGGAAUCUUCCGCCCACCAUCUGGACCAGGGGGAAAGUUUGAGCCUGUGGUGCUCCAUCCCCGGCAACCCGGCUGCCAACUACUCCAUCCAGAAGGGAGACAUGGUCGUGUCGCAGACGCAGAACUUCACCACUGUCGCCUCGGAGUGGGACAGCGGGAUAUACAGCUGCAUCGCUGGCAUCGGCAAGGUGGUCAAGAAAAGCAACCUGGUCCAAGUCGCCGUGUGCGAAAUGCUCUCCAAACCCAGGAUUUUCCACGAUUCCAGCUCCGAGGUCAUUAAAGGACAAACCAUACAAAUCAGUUGUCAGUCUGUCAAUGGGACCUCGCCCAUUUCCUACCAGCUUCUGAAAGCCGGCAGUCUUUUGGAGACGCAGUACAAGGACUCCAACAAACCCGCCAUCUUCAAAGACAAGCCGACGAAAAACGUGGCAUACCAGUGCAUCGCUGACAACUGCCACUCCCACACGGAAAUGGCCAGCGAGGUCCUGCAGGUCAAGGUGAUAGCCCCCGUGGACGAGGUCAAGCUCUCCUUCCUGCUCAACGAGGUGGUGGAGUCGGGGAAGUCCAUUGAGCUGCAGUGCUCCGUGAACGAGGCGUCUGGCCCCAUCACCUACAAGUUCUACCGAGGGGAGGAGAGCAAGCCCUUCUACCAAACCUUCUCCAACCACACGCAGGCUGUUUGGCGCAAGGCGGAGGCCAGCAAGGAGCAAGAGGGCCAGUACCACUGCAUCGCCUACAACAGAGCUAACCUCCCCACUCUUGCCCCCCGGAGCAACGCCCUGACCGUCCGAGUCUUUUUCGCCCCGUGGAAGAAAGGCCUCAUCGCUGUGGUCAUCAUAGCAGCCAUCAUUGCCGCCCUGAUCUUCGCAGCCAAGUGCUACGUCCUGCGGAAGGCCAAGGCCAAGCAGAUGCCGGUGGAGAUGUCCAGGCCAGCAGUCCCACUUCUGAACUCCAACAACGAAAAGCUAAUGUCGGACCCCGGAGCUGAAGCCAACAGACACUAUGGUUACAAUGACGACGUGGGAAACCAUGCAGUGAAAUCAAUAAAUGAAAAUAAAGAGCCGCUGACCUUGGACGUGGAGUACACGGAGGUGGAGGUGGCCUCCCCCGAGCCUCACCGAGGUCUGGAAGCCAAGGGCACGGAGACCGUAUACAGUGAGAUCCGGAAAACUGACCCCGAUUUCCUGGAAAACAGAUAUUCUAGAACGGAGGGUUCCCUUGACAGCGUUUAGGAGUGAGGCCCAUGCCCUCCAUCCAUCUGCCUCUCCAUCCGUCCGUCCGUCUGUCCGUCCGGGGAGGACCGCCACACCGAGGAGGAGUGGACGAUUCCCACAAUUCCCGCCUUCCCGAGCUCCCCACGCUUCUCUGAGAACCCACCCUGCCCGCCCGCCCCUGCCCCCACCGGAGUCAGCCCUUCCCACCCCUACCUGGCUGCACUUAGGUGGGGGGCUGGUCCACCUCCUGGAGGGGCUCCCGAGUCCCACCCAGCUGAGCUGCUGCCUCCUGGGGGAAGGAGCACAGCCAGGAGGCCUGGGGCCUGCGAUAUUUUGAAACUUGAAUCUUUGGUCUUGUCUAGAGAUAAAGUCCCUCCACCUACGGAGAACUGUCCGGGCCAGACCACGGUCCCUGCGAGCACGCGGCCAGGCUUAGGGGCUGGUUUUUCUCUUUGCCUUCGGUCCCUCAAAGGCCUCGGUUCUGGCGUCCUGGCUCCUAGGAGCAAGGGGACCCCAGUGCCGCACCCUGGUCCUGCCGUGAUCUCGGGCGGGCAAACAGCUACCAGGGACUGUCACGGAACAUCACCCUGUCCCGGCCGCACAGCACUGAAGUCGGACGAAGCUCUGGAUGGCUCUUAAGCUGAUUCUUUUCUUUCUUCUUCCUCUCCCAUGCUGAAGGCAGGCACCUAGGAAGACGGUGGCCUACUGCAAAUACUAUUUUUUAUUUUUUAUUUUUUAUUUUUUGGGGCUACACCCGGCGAUGCUCAGGGCUUACUCCUUGCUCUGCACUCAGGAAUCACUCCUGGCGGUGCUCAGGGGACCAGAUGGGAUGCCGGGAAUCGAACCCUGGUCAGCUUCAUGCAAGGCAAAAACGCCCUCCCUGCUGUACCAUCUCUCUGGCCCCCAAAUACUAUUUUUUAAUAGAAAAAAAAAUGAAACACAUAUUUUUCUUACUAAUUUUUUUUUAAUUUAUUCCUUGCUAAGGACCUGGUCUCCUGACGUCUUCAGAUGUUUCGGAUGGGGGGCAGGGGGGUCCUUGAGUGGGUGGACGAGGGGCUGUGGCCAUUUUGCUGUGGCGUCUCACUCAUGAGCACCCCAGGCAGGAAGCCCGUCCCUGCCCACCUCAUGGCCCAGCGGCAGGGACCUGCGAGGUGUCAUAGUGAAUAAAUUUGGUCUUUACUCCUCA